CGCAAUGAGAGACGGUUACAUUAAUUUUUAACGAAUGUAGAGAUUUUACUGUCCAAUCCUAGUGUAGAAACAAGGCGGGACUUAGCGUUACCAAGGCAAGUCUUGUGUGAAGUAUAAAGGGAAUAACAUGGUGUCCCAGUGGCUGUUUAUGUUUACUUAAAGAACAGAAGGGCGUUUUGCAAGACACAACGGAGUUUUCUUUGUAGUUACAGUUUUUUUGCACUUUAACUUUUUCAUGUUAAGAUUUACAAGGCCAGUGGCAUGUAAAUCUCAUAUUUCACUAAUGUGCCAGUCUUACAAAUGGAAAGGGGGCUUCACUUUGGAAACGUGAGCAUUUCCCUGGUGCUCCUGCUGUUGCUGAAAGCGCUCAUCGGAUUCGGGACUUCGCAAGCUCAAGGCUCCGCCAUCGGGAGGGAGCCGCAGUCCGCCACCCGGGGCUCAGGUUCGACCUCGGGGGAAGAUGGUGCAAGAGUCAUGGAGCGGGGCUUGGAGAACGUUGGCCCCCCGGUUAUUGUAGCUGACGUUACCGUUGAGGAUGACGAUAACGGUUCGGCGGGGGAGACCGACGAAUCCUAUGGAGAAAGUAAAGGAAACGUCCAACCGACAAGGUCUCUUGUGAUCAUCAGUACCCUGGAUGGGCGGAUCUCGGCUCUGGAUCCUCACAACCAGGGCAGGAAGCAGUGGGACCUAGAUGUGGGCUCAGGGUGCCUGGUGUCGUCCAGCCUCAGCAAACCUGAGGUGUUUGGCAAUAAGAUGGUAAUCCCUUCACUGGACGGUGCCUUGUUCCAGUGGAACCGGGACAGGGAGACUAUGGAGGCAGUGCCUUUCAGUGUGGAGUCCCUGCUAGAUUCGUCUCACCGAAUUGGGGAGGACACUGUCCUGGUCGGGGGCAAAUCUCUUACUACCUAUGGUCUGGGGGCCUACAGUGGCAAGCUUCGGUACAUCUGCUCUGCGAUGGGCUGUCGCCGGGGAGACGAGGAGAUAGAGGCCGAAGAUGUGCUCCUGCUGCAGAGGACUCAGAAGACUGUGCGAGCCAUCAGGCCCCGAUCAGGGAUAGAGAAAUGGAACUUCAGCGUUGGAAACUUUGAGCUGAAGCUACUUCCUGAGACGCAGUCUGGAAUGAACUUCCUGGAGGGGGAAGUUGCCAAUGGCGACGCCUGGAGGGAGAGUCAGCGGGUCAUCACUGAUGAACCAAAAGAGAGGGGGCAGACGGAGAAGCAGCAGAGCCAGAAUCUGGACCUCGUCAUCAAAGUGUCUGUUCCAGAUUGGAAGAUCAUGGCUUUCAGCACCGAGCCUGAUGGACAGCUGAUCUGGGAACGACAUUUCUGCACGCCCAUCGCUUCGGCUUGGCUGGUGGGCGGGGGUAAAGUCACACCCAUCGCCCUGUUCGACGACAACGCCUACAGCAACCAGUCGGAAACGGAUGAGGAGGAUGACGACGACGAUUCGAAGAAGGCCAGAGGAGCUGAAGCGUCCAAUGUUUACCUUGGGAUGUUCCAGGGACAGCUCUACCUCCAGUCCUCAGUGAGGAUCAGUGAAAAGUUCCCCACCAAAGCCAUCGGAUCAGAAGAUGACAUCAUUCCACUACCCACAGUCAAGUGGAAGCCUCUAGUCCAUUCCCCAUCUCGGACGCCAGCCCUGGUCGGCUUGGAUGAAUUUGACAAGUGUUUGAAUAAUGACAAGUUCUCCCAUGACGAAUACAGCAACGGAGCCCUAUCCAUCCUUCAGUAUCCAUACGACAACGGCUACUACUUCCCCUACGGUAAGCGUUACCGGGAGAAACGCGACAGCGCCGUGAGCCUGAUAAAGGGAAAUGGGGCAGGAGCUGAGAGCCGCAGGAGAAAGGACCCUGUGCUGUUGCUGCCCUGGUGGAAGGAGAUCCUUGGCACCAUCGUCUUCUGCAUCGCCGCCACCACCUACAUCGUCCGCAAAUUCUUCCAUCCUCCCGCCCCGGUGGCCUAUGUGAGGCAACGUAAAGAGUCGGAGACACAGUGCCAGACAGACUGCAAGUUUGACCUUGAGGUUGUGGAAUCCAAAGAGCCGGUUGCCAUGGAGACCCGUUUCAGCGAAUAUGUGUCCAGGUACCUGACUGACUUUGAGCCAGUGCAGUGCCUUGGCCGCGGGGGGUUCGGUGUCGUCUUUGAAGCCCGCAACAAAGUGGACGACUGCAACUACGCCAUCAAAAGAAUCCGUCUGCCCAACAGAGAGCUGGCGCGUGAGAAGGUGAUGCGAGAGGUGAAGGCCCUGGCCAAGCUGGAGCAUCCGGGGAUCAUCCGCUACUUCAACGCCUGGCAGGAGAGCCCCCCCGAGGGCUGGCAGGAGGAGAUGGACCAGAGGUGGCUGAAAGACGCCAGUACCACAGACUGGCCAAUGAGCUUCCUGGACCACAUGGAGGCGCUGUCAGUCAAGGUUCCAGUGUCCAGCUCCGUGUCCCCGGCCUCUGGGCCCGGAGGAGACGUCCUGGAGGCCUCCGCCGACGCCCGCGCGCUGCUCUCCAGCAGUGCCGGUAGCGCUGUAGGUUUUGACGACGGAGACCUGUCCUUCCACCCGCUGCUGGGCCACGACAGCCUGAUGUCUGAGAGGGACAGUCAGGCGGACCCCGACGCCUCCGACACCCCCCACUCCUUCGAGCUGUGUCCUCCGCGCGGCCCCAGCGACUGCACCUCUUCUUCCUUUGACAUCGUGUUCGAGGACUCGGGCUGCGACCGAGACGCCGACGCGGACACGGCCUCAUCUUCUGGCGCUGCCAGUCCCAGCACACUGACGGAGAAGAACAGCUCGUCUUCCUCGCACACCAGACAUCAGGAGUCUGUCCCGCCCUCCUCUUCCUCUCCCCCCCGGCCGACCUCCCUCACCCUGGCUCUCCCCCCAACUCCUCCGACCCAGAGAGUCCAGCCCUCUCCCAAGGUGUACCUGUACAUCCAGAUGCAGCUCUGUCGGAAAGAGAACCUGAAGGACUGGAUGGCUCAGCGCUGCCUCCCGGAGCAGAGGGAGCACAACCAGUGUCUGGAUAUCUUCCUCCAGAUCGCAGAGGCCGUUGACUUCCUGCACAGCAAGGGGCUUAUGCACAGGGACCUCAAGCCCUCCAACAUAUUCUUCACCAUGGAUGACGUGGUGAAGGUGGGAGACUUCGGCCUGGUGACGGCCAUGGACCAGGAGGAGGACGAGGACGAGCCGAGCGUCCUGACGCCCGCCCCGCUGCUGACCCGCCACACGGGCCAGGUCGGCACCAAGCUCUACAUGAGCCCGGAGCAGCUCUCUGGGAACUCGUACUCUCACAAAGUGGACAUUUACUCUCUGGGUCUGAUCCUGUUUGAGCUGCUGUAUCCGUUCAGGACCCAGAUGGAGAGAGUGAGGACACUGACAGAGGUGAGAGCGCUGCGUAUCCCAGAGGUUUUCUCCAAAAACAACGUUCAGGAGCUGAGUAUGGUGCGCAGCAUGCUGUCGUGGAGCCCCAGCGAGCGUCCCGAGGCGGUUGAGAUCACAGGGACUCCCCUCUUCCAGGAGCUGGAGCUGCCUUGCCGACUGGCCGUGAGGCAGCGCUCCCGCACAUACAGCGCCUCGUCCAUGGGCCGCCCCUCACGCCAGACAUCCGCUACCUGAAAGUCCUACAACGCAAUAUGUAACCCCAAUCCCCCGGUUUCCCUUUCAUUGACCCGCCCCCGCCCCCCCCCCCUGCUGGUCUGCAGCCCAAGAGAAACACCUCAGCCCCCCAUCACACAGACUUUAAACGCCAAGUACGACAAAUGUGCAGGAGUUUAUCCCUGUGGCUUUAGAGCAGCAAGACAAAUUCCUGCACAGUUGCUCUCUUUGGCAAAUACACAUGCCGUUACAUAUUCGCACACCAUUAUGCUGCCCACGUUCCCAAUUUUAAUCACACUUACAAGUGGAUUCAUAUUUUAAAAGCAACAGCCGUUCUGUAAUGUUCACGACCAGUCUUGGCUCAAGUGGAACAAGCUAAUAAUUCUUAGUGGCUCUGUAUACCAGAUGGGCAGUGUGUACUGCAGUCAGUCAGCCCAGUGUAGAGUGAGCUAUUAUCCACAGAACAUUAUGACCAAUUGGUUUUUGAAAUGUUUUCCUGCGAUUGUCUGAAACAAGAAGCAUUCUCCUCACUCUGACACGGCAAACCGAGCGUUAUCUGGUACUCGGAGAUAAUUGACAUAUUAAGGACUAUUUUACAUAUGUUUUGAUUCCAGUCUGGUCACAACACGCUGCUUGCUCCCAACAUUCAGCCAGUGUUCACUCACCCACGCUACACCUCAGGUAUCAAGACCAAGAGGACACUCCAAAGGGGCCUUUGAUGCUUGAUCAUCCUAACUACUAGUGAUUAGUACUGAUCACUGGUACGAGCACUAACGGGUGUUCUGACACCCAAUAUGCCUGAUUUGGGAGACCAAAAAAGACCGUCUUUUUUUCCUAUGUGUUUUUUUUAAAUGAGAGAAGGUGAUGUAUUGCGUAGAGAAGAGUUAUGAAUCCGGAUCAGCUAUGAUUUGCCUUUAGAAAGGGGCCUACGGCCUCCUCUGAAUGAAUGCGGAGCUUCUGGCUCCUGUCUUUUUCUGCAUGUACCUGAUAGGAAAGUGAAGGGGCGAGUGUGAGUUUGUUAUCUUAAAGCCAGUACCUGGAAGCAGUUUUUUCUGUGUGUAAAUUUACACAAUGACUCUGAGGUGCUUCAAUUGUUUUCCAACACCCCCCUCUUCGCUCUGUGUAUAUAACGGAAGGGAGAAAAUCUGUUUAUAUCUUUUUUUUCUUUGUUAAUUCAGAAGAUAUGUUUGAUCAAUCCUGUACAUAUUGUAAGGCGCCAUUGCUUGUAAAUGGCUUUUUUUUCAAGAGGCGACUGUAAGAUAGUGUGAUAUACUGUGGGCGAGAGAAAGAGGAGACGAUCUCUGCCAUUAAUGGAUAGCUGAAUGUUCCAGUGUGACCUCCAGAGACAGAAUGAUGGUGGUCACCUCUUGCUCUAGCCGUUUGAAAUGAUUCUCAGUGUUUGUUUCCACAUGUGCGGGGUACCGAGUGGAAGGGGUUUACCCCGCUUUGAGCACCAGAGUAGAACCUGCAGGACCAGAGUGCCAUUUGAAAGUCAGUUAAGUGUACUUUAUCUGUAACCUGAUAACUCACCUCACAUUUUUAGGAAUUGUGCUACUGUGCUCCAACCCCGUCCAGCUGGUGUUCCCGGGGAAGCAUACUGAGGUCUGCAGCCCUCCCAUGAUGGGGACAAAUAGCAUUUAGUCAAGAAGAUGAUACUGUUUUAUCCCCUCUACAUUGUCUACUGGGGACCCGGACCUGAUGUUGGUCAUGUUUUAUGUACAUAAGAAGUGCUGCAGGAGUCAUGACCCGUUUGCAAUUUCACACACACAAACUGCUAAUUGUAAUGUGCUUUCAAUGAUUGUACUUUUCUAAGGAUCUUCUCUUCUCUUCCUUUUCUUAUUUAAUAAGGGCAGUUUUUGAUUAUUCUGCAGGUUUUUUUUUUUGAUUACUGUAAAGUCUUGACUUUGUCUGAUACAGGAAGUCAAACUGAUGUUCGUCCACUCAGCCCACUGCAGAUGAGUCACUCUUGUUGUAAAAUGAUCAGUUCUCUCUUCGGAGUUUAAAACCGACUGUACUCCCACCAUGAGAAGGGUGGACACUGGUUUAGUUCCAUAACGGCAUAUCCUCAAGUUAAGGAGGGGGGGGGGGGGUGAAAACUCGUGCUGCAAAUUCAGACAAAAGCUUUGUGACCGACAGUAUGUAGGUACUGUUACUUAAGUGUUGACAAUGUGACACCUUUUGUAGAACUAAUGUUUGAUAUUUCAAAGGAAUUCAAUAAUGGAUCCAGGAUAAAUCCUUCUCUCCCACAGAAUUAGCUAAAAGGAUUUUGUAUUUUUUUUUGUCAUCCAUUUCAGAGAAGUCAAAUUCUUAGGAAAUUGUGAUUUAAAGACUUGUUUGUGGAGGAUUUACAACAAGAAAAGAAGGAAACUUUCAAAACCUAAAUCACCUACAGUAAAUAGCUUUUCAGCUUUAUACCAUUAAGCAUUACAAAUCCACAUUAUUGACAAUAGAGUUUUAUCAGAGGCUGUAGAGAUGUUCUCCUUUUCACUCAACCCAAGAACAUGUGAUUAUAAUGUAGGUGUUUUCAUGCUUUGUUGAAUUGUGUUUCUCCUUCCACUCCUGCUGUCCAGGUAGCUUUUCCUGAUGACAUUUCAAUUGAACCCCGUCAAUCUCUAAUGCCUCUGUCUGGAUGUGUAGUUGCCUGUUUUUCUGCACAAAACCCCAUUCUCUGUCCAUUUUGAAUUGUAAAUAUGUUUAUUUGCUUUAUUUAUGUUUUGAUGCCGGGAUCAAUCCUUUUUGGGUUGGUGUUAUUAUGAAUGCACUUCAAGCGAUGGAGUGCGUUGGAAUAUGAUGACUUCUUACAAGUCUAAAUUUAAUAAACCGUUCUAUACCAUUUGUACA